CUGGAUUCUCGCUCUGUGAUGGGAGACCUUGGAUGGGUGUCAUACCCAAAAAAUGGGUGGGAGGAAAUCGGGGAAGUAGAUGAAGAUUACGCACCAAUCCACACCUACCAAGUGUGUCGUGUCAUGGAGCAAAACCAGAACAACUGGCUUCACACCAACUGGAUACUGACUGAGGGAGCCCAGCGGGUGUACAUCGAGCUUAAAUUCACCCUGAGAGACUGCAACAGCCUCCCUGGUGGCGUCGGAACUUGCAAGGAGACGUUUAAUAUGUAUUACUAUGAAACGGAUGGGAAGGAAGACAGGGCGCUGAAGGAGAGCCAGUACAUCAAAAUUGACACCAUAGCAGCUGAUGAGAGCUUCACCGAGCUUGACCUUGGGGAUAGGGUUAUGAAGCUCAACACCGAAGUCCGCGAUUUAGGCCCUUUGACUCGGAAGGGCUUCUUCCUGGCCUUUCAGGAUUUGGGAGCCUGCAUUGCUCUUGUUUCCGUGCGAGUUUUCUACAAACGCUGCCCAUUUCUCGUGAAGAGCCUGGCCGAGUUCUCCGAUACCAUCCCGGGAUCGGAGGCGUCACAACUGGUGGAGGUUGUCGGUCGCUGCAUCAACAACUCUCUGCCUUUAUAUGAGCCUCCCAGAAUGCAUUGCAGCACGGAGGGAGAAUGGCUGGUUCCCAUUGGGAAGUGUGUGUGCCAGCCAGGAUUUGAAGAAAUCCUUGGAUCCUGUCAAGCUUGCAAAGUGGGGUUUUACCGCUCGCUGCUGGAGUCUCAGCUCUGCAGUAAAUGUCCACCCCACAGUGUGGCCCGGCAUACAGGAGCAACUAUAUGCAGCUGUGAAGAAGGAUAUCACAAGAUUGACUCUGAUCCUCCCAAUAUGGCCUGCACACGGCCACCGUCUGCUCCGCGCAAUGCCAUCUCCAAUGUCAAUGAGACCAGCGUCUUCCUUGAGUGGUCUGUUCCCAUGGAGUCUGGUGGAAGGAAGGACAUCCGCUACAAUGUCCUAUGCAGACAAGUCUUGCCGGAUGGAAGGGGCUUGGAGGAAUGCGGUCCCAACGUUCGCUUUCUGCCACGUCAAGCCGGCUUGUCCAACACUUCGGUGAUGGUGGCCGACCUGCAGUCACACACGAACUACAGUUUUCUGUUGGAGGCCGUCAAUGGCGUGUCAGAGCUGGCCAAAGAUCACAUGAAGCAGUAUGUGUCACUAAAUGUGACCACCAAUCAAGCUGCACCUUCCCCAGUGAGUGUCGUGAGAAAAGGUCAUGCUGGCAAGAGCAGCAUCACACUUUCCUGGGCAGAACCAGACCGACCUAAUGGUAUCAUCCUGGAAUACGAGAUCAAGUACUUUGAGAAGGAGCAGGACUCUAGCUACACUAUCAUAAAAUCCAGGGAGACAGAGAUGGUGGUGGAGAGCCUGAAACCCUCUUCAGCCUACAUCUUCCAGGUGCGAGCCAGGACAUCUGCAGGCUAUGGCGCUUUUAGCCGCCGUUUUGAAUUCCAGACAAGCCCUUACUUAACAGCUACCAGUGAACGGGCCCAAGCUUCAAUAGUAGCAGUGGCCAUCACUUUGGCGCUCGUCCUCCUGGCUGUGGUGGCUGGAUUUCUACUCAGUGGACGGAGGUGUGGCUACAGCAAAGCAAAGCAAGAUCCUGAAGAGGAAAAAAUGCAUUUCCAUAAUGGUCACAUAAAGUUCCCUGGAGUGCGUACCUACAUUGACCCCCUCACUUACGAAGACCCUAAUCAGGCUGUGCAUGAAUUUGCCCAAGAAAUUGAUGUCUCAUUCAUCUCUAUUGAAAGGAUCAUUGGAGCUGGGGAGUUUGGUGAGGUGUGCAGUGGACCACUAAGGUUACCGGGGAAGAGGGAGAUGCAGGUCGCCAUCAAGACGUUGAAAGCAGGAUAUACGGAGCAUCAGAGACGUGAUUUCCUGUGGGAGGCGUCAAUUAUGGGUCAAUUUAAUCAUCCCAACAUCAUUCGACUGGAGGGUGUGGUCACCAAAAGCAAACCAGUGAUGAUCAUCACUGAAUACAUGGAGAAUGGGUCAUUGGAUACAUUCCUUAAGAAAAAUGAUGGUCAAUUCACUGUUAUCCAGCUAGUUGGUAUGCUGCGCGGCAUUGCAUCUGGCAUGAGGUACUUGUCUGACAUGGGCUACGUCCACCGCGAUUUGGCAGCUCGCAACAUCCUGGUCAAUAGUAACCUUGUGUGCAAAGUGUCUGAUUUUGGGCUGUCUCGAGUUUUGGAGGACGACCCUGAGGCGGCUUACACAACACGGGGUGGAAAGAUUCCUAUUCGCUGGACAGCUCCCGAGGCGAUCGCAUACAGAAAGUUCACCUCAGCAAGCGACGUGUGGAGUUACGGCAUAGUCAUGUGGGAAGUGAUGUCAUACGGAGAGCGGCCCUACUGGGAGAUGUCCAAUCAAGAUGUCAUAAAGGCGGUUGAAGAGAGCUAUAGGUUACCCGGUCCAAUGGAUUGCCCUGAGGCUCUUUACCACCUCAUGAUGGACUGCUGGCAGCGAGAACGCAGCAACCGACCCAAAUUUGAUGAGAUCGUAUGUCUACUAGACAAACUCAUCCGUAACCCCUGCUCGCUGAAAAAUCUAGUCAACUCUUCACACAGGGUCUCCAACCUGUUAGUGGAGCAUGCCAGUGUAGACGUGGACUGCAACAUUUGGAGUAGAACAGUCGGUGAGUGGCUGGAUUCUAUCAAGAUGGGCCGUUAUACGGAACUCUUCAUGGAAGGAGGAUAUUCGUCACUGGACACAGUCGCUCAGAUGACAUCAGAGUAA